AUGAAGGACGUUAUACUCGCUUUGGUGGAUGAAGGCGACUUUUUCGAGAUUGCUCCCGACUAUGCAAAGAACAUCGUCGUCGGCUUUGGUCGCAUGAACGGACGCACAGUUGGAGUUGUAGGCAACAAUCCGAAAUUCGCCGCUGGAUGUCUCGAUAUCAACUCGUCAGUGAAAGGCGCUCGUUUCGUUCGCUUCUGUGACGCUUUCAACAUCCCACUUGUCACUCUGGUCGACGUCCCUGGAUUCUUACCAGGAACGGCACAAGAGUACGGUGGUAUCAUUCGUCAUGGAGCCAAACUUCUAUAUGCAUAUGCUGAAGCGACUGUGCCGAAGAUUACCGUCAUUACUAGAAAGGCAUAUGGUGGAGCCUACGAUGUCAUGUCAUCAAAGCACCUCCGUGGAGAUGUCAACUACGCGUGGCCCACCGCUGAAGUAGCUGUAAUGGGAGCUAAGGGUGCUGUAUCAAUUCUCUUCCGAGGAGACAAGGACGUGGCAAAGAGAGAGGAAGAAUACAUCGAUCUCUUCAGCAAUCCCUUCCCAGCUGCUGUUCGUGGUUUCGUUGACGACAUCAUCCUUCCCCAUACCACGCGUCGUCGAAUCUGCGAAGAUCUCUCCCUUCUCGAGAGCAAGAAACUUACAAAUCCAUGGAGGAAGCAUGGCAACAUCCCGCUUUAG